AUGGGAAUGUACUAUCGUCGUUUCAUCGUAUUAUGUCUAUCAGCAACGCUCCUGGUUCUCGCUUUCCGCCAACUCACGCUACGAGACGAAUUUCCUCCUCCAACCGGCACAUCUUCGUCGCAGAUUCAGCAUCCAGUACAAUGGAAGGAUAUCCCGCAGCUUUACCCGGUCUCGUCCAUGAUUGCCCUCCCGAAGGGUUCCCCGUCCCCCAUUCCUCGCAUACAGCACGAUUUCGGCGUCGAGACGGUACACAAUAAAGAGCAGAGACUGCACAGGCAGGCAGCGGUAAAAGAAGCCUUCUUGCAUUCUUGGGAAGGAUACAAGAAGCACGCUUGGCUACAGGAUGAGGUCACUCCGGUAACAGGACGAUAUAGAAACGCAUUUGGCGCACGCGGCGCUACUCUCGUCGAUUCUUUGGAUACACUUCUUAUAAUGGGAUUAGAAGAUGAUUUUAAGGCGGCGCUCAAGGCGGUCAAGAAGAUUGAUUUUAGCACUACAGCGGAGCCUAUUCUGAACAUUUUUGAAACAACAAUUCGAUAUUUGGGUGGUUUGCUCAGCGCAUACGACUUGACCGAUGGGGUGCAUCAUGUUCUGCUCAACCAGGCGACGAGGUUGGGCGAUAUGCUGUACGGAGCAUUUGACACCCCUAACCGCUUGCCAAUUACGAGGUGGGACUGGGAAAAUGGCGUCUUGAAAGACUACAAGCAGUCACCAUCUCAUGCGCUCACCGCUGAGCUAGGCACUUUAACUCUAGAGUUUACGCGUCUUUCGCAGCUGACCGGAGAUCCGAAAUACUACGAUGCGGUCCAAAGAAUAACGAACAAGUUCGAGGAGCACCAGAACGAUACCGCCAUUCCUGGCCUCUUCCCGGUCAAAGUCAGUCCGGAGGACAAUGCAUUCAAUAUCGACCGAACUUUUACAUUCGGCGGUAUGUCGGACUCCCUAUACGAGUAUUUCCCGAAGCAGUACAUGCUCCUCGGAGGAAUAGUCGACCAGUACAAAACCCUAUAUGAGCGCGCUAUUGCGGCUGCGAAGCAAUACCUGUUCUUCCGUCCAUUGAACCCUCAGAACCAGGACAUACUCGUCUCCGGCUCUGCGCGAAAGAACAUGUUAGGCUACAUCGACUUGGAAUCCGAAGGCCAGCAUCUGUCAUGCUUCGCUGGAGGAAUGGUUGGCAUCAGCGCCAAGAUCUUCAACCGCACGGAUGAGCUCGAUAUCGCACGAAAGCUCGUUGAUGGCUGCAUCUGGGCUUACGACUCGAUGCCGACGGGCGUCAUGCCAGAGAACUUCCAUGCAAUCCCGUGUUCUGACCCCGAUGAUUGUUCCUAUAGUACCGAGCGAUGGCACCGAGGAGUCAUGGAUCAAAGUGGCUGGGCACGAUCCAUGGACGCCCCCGAAAUCAUCCGCGAGGACGGUCUAGAGCCGGGAUUUACGAAAAUUGGGGACAGGAGAUUUCUGCUUCGUCCCGAAGCAAUCGAAUCUGUCUUUAUCCUCUACCGCAUAACCGGUGAUCGUACCCUCCAGGAUGCUGCUUGGCGUAUGUUCAGCGCUAUUCAGAACGCCACCCAGACCGAGUUUGCCAACUCCGCAAUUGCAGAUGUGACGUGUCCGCAAGGGAAGGAGACUGAGAAGCUGGAUGAGUGUGAGAGCUUUUGGAUGGCGGAGACCCUAAAGUACUUCUAUCUGGUCUUCUCCGAGCCAGAUCUUGUCAGCUUGGACAAAUACGUAUUGUGA